UAGUAGCCGUGCUCAGAAUACAUAGGAGAGAAGGGGAGAGAGAAGUUAAUAGUUAGCAACACCAUUAAAUAAAUAGCGUCCUCUCCCACUCCCCCUGUCUCUCCUCUAUCCAUAGAUGCACGCUAAGGGCGAGGACUAGCAAAGCGAGGCCCCGGAGAGAGAGAAAAAGGAAAAGAAACUCAGAUAGAAAGAUACCGAGAGAAGAAGAAGAAGAAGAAGAAGAAGAAGAAGAAGAGAAAGGAAACAAAUAAAAACAGCAGGGAAAUCGAAAAAGAAGAAGAAGAGGAAGAAGAAGAGGAGGAGAGAUGGGAACGGGGUGGCGGCGGGCGUUUUGUACCUCGAUCCGCCGAGAUCCCCAGGCGGCGGCGACUGGGACGGAGAAGCGGCCGCAGAGCCCCGGCCCCAGCCCCAGGAGCUGCGCCAAAUUGAGCUUUUUCUCCGGCGGCGGCGUGGGCAGCAAGCCCUCGACGCCGAGUUCGCAGGGCGCGCCCCCCGUGCUUCGGUGCCGCACCAAGUCGGCGACCCCGACGCCUCCCGAUAGCCCCAGGACGCAAUGCGAUGCCACGGCGGCGGCGGCGGUUGAGGCCGACGCGGUGCCUAGCUCGCGCACGCCCCCGGCGUCGUCGAACCCGAAGAAAGGGCCCGUCUCGGCUCUGUUCCAGGCCUCGUCUACGCCCUCGUCUCCGCGAUCUCCUUCUCGGUUCGCGCUUUUUAAGGCCUCCCUCCUCCUCUCGAGGCAGAGUCGAUGCGGCAUAUGCCAGCAGAGCGUGAGGAGCGGCCACGGGAGCACCGCCGUGUUCACCGCCGAAUGCUCCCACGCCUUCCACUUCCCCUGCAUCUCUGCGCACGUGCGGGCCCAAGCCCACGCCCACGCCCACGGCGGAGCUGCCCUCACGUGCCCCGCGUGCUCCGCCGCGUGGCGCCAGGCCCCCCUUCUCGCCUCCCUCGCGAACGCGCAGCAGGAGAGGAAGGCGCCCGAAGAAGCCGCGGCGUCGGACGAGGAGAAUCGGGAGAACCGCCCGAAACCCCCGAAGCGGCGGAGCAGCGGCAGGGACGACGCGGCGGCGGCGGCGGCGGCGGAGAACCGGAAUCAUCAUCCCCCGAACUGCAAGGCCUACGACGACGACGAGCCGCUGCUGCUCUGCAAGGCGAGCAUGAGCCAGGGCGUGCAGUUCAAUCCCAUUCCCGAAGCCGACGAAGACGACGAAAUCGUCGACGAUAGAAUGGACGUGACGGCCGGCGCGGACGAUUUCGCCGCUGUCUUCGCGAACCCGAGACGCGGCAGCGGCGUCGGCGGCGUGGCGGCGAGCGCGGUGCAGGAGGCGGCGCUGGUGUCGUCGGGACGUCGGCACGGGAACUACGUGGUGGCGAUCAAGGUGAGGGCGCCGCCGGUCCGGCUGGACGCCGCGAGGCGGGCGCCGAUCGACCUGGUGACGGUGCUGGACGUGGGGCAGGGGAUGACGGGGGAGAAGCUGCAGAUGCUGAAGCGGGCGAUGCGCCUGGUGGUGGCCUCGCUCGGCCCCGCCGACCGCCUCGCCAUCGUGGCCUUCUCCAGCGGCUUUGCCAAGCGGCUGCUCCCCCUGCGGCGGAUGUCGAGGCAGGGCCAGCGCUCCCACGGCUUCAGCUGCGUCGGCGACGCUUUGAGAAAGGCCACCAAAGUCCUCGAGGACCGCCGCCAGCGCAACCCGGUGGCCACCAUCAUGCUGCUGUCCGACACCCAGCAGCAGCAGCAGCAGCAGCAGGACGCGCCGCAGCCGAGUAAAGGCCACCAGCCGACCCCUCGCUUUGCCCAGUCCUCGGCCGCCAACACGCGGUUCGCCCACCUGGAGAUUCCUAUUCCUAUCGGCGAUGCGCCGGCCCCGCGGUCGCCGCUGAAGCCCAAGGUGGCGGAGGGGCAGUUUCCCGCCGGGCCCCGACUGGAGGACGCCUUCGCCAAGUGCGUCGGCGGGCUCGUCAGCGUAGUCAUGCAGGACGUCCACCUGCAGCUGACCUUUCCGUCCGGGGAGAUCUCGGCAGUCUACUCCUGCGGCGCCGGCCAGCGGGCGGCGGUCUUGGGCGGGGGCAGAGGCGCCGCGGCGGUUGUUCGGCUAGGGGACCUCUACGCCGAGGAGGAGAGGGAGCUUCUCUUGGAGCUGAGGGCCCCGCUCAUCCACCCUUCUCAGCACCACGGCGCCCACUACUUGUCCCUCAAAUGCACCUACAGAGAUCCGGCCUCGAGCGAGUCCGUGUGCGGUGCGGAGCAGCCCCUGCUCUUGCCGCCGCUCCACACCCGCAGCUCCUCAACCCGCCUCCACAACCUCUUCGUUGCGUCCCGCGCCCUGGCCGAGUCGCGGCGGCUCGCCGAACUGAGCGACUCCGCCACGGCGCUCCACCUGAUCUCCUCCGCCCGAUCACUCCUGCUGCAAUCAUCCCCACCGGCACCCGGCGAUCAGGACCUUCUCGGUGCAUUGGAAGCCGAGGCCGCCGAGCUGCAAUGCCGAAGAAGCCAACAGCAGCAGCAGCAGCAGCAGCAGAAUUUUCAACAGCAGUCGAUUUCACCUUCUUUGAGGUCUAGGAGGAGGGAAGUGGCGGCGAGUGCGACGCCAGCAAGUGUAGGGGCAGGGGGGGGAGAGCAGCUGACGCCGACAUCGGCUUGGCGCGCCGCGGAGCAGCUGGCGAAGGUGGCCAUCAUGAGGAAGUCGCUGAACCGGGUCAGCGACCUGCACGGCUUCGAGAACGCCCGGUUCUAGUUCGAAUCAGGACUCAGGUGCAAUGGCGGCCGGUGGCCGAGAAGGAAGAUGCAACGUCUACAAAUGGUCAUAAUUCUUCUAUUACCCUUUUCUUUUUUUACUUUAUUUUUUUCUCUUCUUUUCAUUUUUGUCGUCUAUGAUGAAACAAAGAACCUUUGAAGUUUGCUGCAUAGAAAUGUAGAGAUGUGGUACAUAGGUGCUUGGCCGGAAAUAAAAUUGGUGCGUUAAGUUAA